UGCGCCGCCAUUUUAAUUUCUGUAAAACACUCUUCAGCCGGGAGUUGGACAAAAAUGCCUUUAUUGCCCGUUUCGGCGAAUGUAGAGCAAUACUUUUGGAGAAGUGAAUACAUAGAAACAUUUGAAAGCCUUCAAUCGGUAUAAUGGGGCAUGGAGCAAGCACGAACGUCAAGAAACUAACGAUCACUCAGAGCAAUCGCAGGUCACUGUCGAGCGAUCGUCUGCAACAUGUGCAAGCAGCUGGUACAGAGGAGGGAGCAAGGGCGCCUUCACCGGCUAAACUCGGGUGGACCAGAUCAAGCUCAGAUGGUUGUAUUGUUGAAAACUUGAACACAAGUAAAACAAAGGUUGAGCUGUUGGAGCUGCAAGUGGAAGAAUUCAAAGAGUUGUUCCAUUACGCUGAAGAGAAGGCAAACGAAGCUCAUGCCAGGGCUCAGACUCUGGAGCAGCAGAUGGCAGAAGUUGAGGGUGCCAACUUUGAGCUUCUAGAUCGAGUGUCCGAGCUUGAGCAGCAGCUGGAGGCGUCCAAGGACCAGACAUCACCCGAGGCCGAACAAGAGUUUUCGCGGAUGUUGCUGGAAAGAGAUCAAACUAUUGAGAAACAGGUGCAGCAAAUUAAGAGUUUGGAAGAAGACUUAGCAAAAAUGCGCACCAAGCUCAGGAAGAAGCUCCGUAGUGCCCAAACUGAGCUGGCGGAAGCCAAACAGGAGGCUGGCCUCAAGGUCUACAGCCUCAAAGACCAACUAGCAGUGCUGCAAGAGGAGAACGCUAAACUGAGUGAACGUCUUGAAAGAGCUCAUGCCAUCUCCAGUGCACAGAGUCGGCAGAAUAGCGCUGCUACAGCCACAUGCGACGAUCGCAUCCCAAGGGACAUGCCCACGGAAGAGGAGUGGGAGGAUGGCCGGACCAAGGUCAUCUUGGAGCUCUCCAGUCAGCUGAGCAGCCAGGAGCAGAGAAUUGUUGAGCUGGAGGAGACGGUCCGAGAGAGGGAGGAGACGAUACAGGCCCUGCAGGUGCAGCUGCGGUCCACCCCGCGCCCUCCCAGUGGGACGCGGACAAAACAGAGCUUGGCCGCCCGGUCAUUGAGUGUAGAGAAGCAACCUGAACAGCUAGAUGAUCUGUCUAAACAAUGGACGGCUGGUAAUGAUGGUAAACGUCAGUUAUCAAUCAGACAGCAAAGAACUUCAUCAUCAUCAUCAUCUAAGGGGAGGGAGGGUCGACGGAGCUCCUCCACUGGCAGACAUCCGUCUUCAGGAAAGGAGCAGGUGAUGGGCGGUGCAAAUGACAAUCUCAGGAAUCAUGAACUCGCUGCAGGUGGUAAGAAGGUCCGGCAACAUUCCGCCAACAGUGUGGACUCGGCAAUAUCAGAUCGCAGUGACUCCAGCAGCACAAAAGCCUCCUCGGCCAGCUCCAGCCGGGAAAGACGACGACGCCGAAAUCAACUGUCUAGGCAGUCUUCAGCUGAUGAGAGAGAACUGCAAACACGAUCCAGGGCUCCGUCCGAUGUCCAAGUGGAAGGGAGAGAUUCUGGAAUAGGUGUAACAUCUGAGGGGAAGUCAAAAUACAGUGAUGACGUGGAGCAAAUGAUGGACGACAUUGUGGGAAACAGUUGACGGCAACUUUUUCUGUCAAAAGUCCAAAUUUCAAAAACUUCCAUCCAAAGCUAUUGACUAUAGUACCUGCUGCCAUAUCAGAUUCCUACUGGCCAACUGGUCCCAACAAGCUCAGUGGUCAAGUUGUGCACUAGCAAGCAGGAGGUUGUAGGCUGUGGUCUCUCCUGAGCAAGCAUGUGGCUUUUUCGUGCAAGCCUAAGAAAGCACCAAGCGUAUUCAACCAAGCCAACUGACCCUAAUUGUAAAAGCUUGGUGUUUUCGUUGUAAAGUCUGAACUUGUGAAGCAGGAUGUCAUGGGUUCGAGUCUCUCCAGAAGCAAUCUUGUGCAUUUUACCCAUAAUCUCUCACAUACCACUAAAUAUUAUGUGCUAGUAAAUCAUGCCUGAAAGGGGCCAAAGUAAAAAGUUUAAUUGACAGUCUAUUUUAUAGCUUUUUUUUGUGUAUGUGAGAAACAGAUAUGAUUUAUAAAUUGUAAAUUAAAUGGAAGAAAAUUGAUAAUAAAGUGUCA